AUGGGCGAGAGAAAGAUGGACACAAAAUUCAUGCAUAAUCCAAGCAUGAAGAACCCAAACAUGAGUUCUGAGACGAUGCGGAUCAACGUCAGGAUCGUGGUUAUCUUGGAUGGCAGCCUGAUAGUUGCCCCGGCAAGCAGCUCGCUGCGAAUGAUUUGCACGGGGUCGAACCAGUAUAGAUUCUGCGGUUUGGAACAGUGCGAUAUGCCUCUAAUCAUCGGGGAGGAUAUCUGCAACGUUGAUCUUCAGGAAGUAGCCAGAGCGGAGGACGGUUCUGCGACCGGUCCCAUCACUGGUUUAUCAGAGGCUACUGUUCCAACUGGAAGCUAUUUAUCCUACUCUUCGACCAUCACGGCCUAUGAUACAGCUGGUGUACUGGGCUCAAUAGCAAGCGAGACUCCUUCAACAAAUGUCAUCUCAAGUUCAUCUCAGAUCCUACUUGAAGGUUCAGUAGCCACUGCUACCACUGGUGCAGCAUCCUCAAACCCGUCAGCAACCUCGACAUCAACACCCUUCCAGCCAUCAAAUGAAACCCCUUGCAACAACUAUCCCGAGUUUUGCUCACGGAAAUUCAGCAAUAUGACUGAAGUAUCCGCACACAACUCUCCCUUCGCUAGCAUCGACAACCUUGCUUCAAACCAGGCGUAUCCUGUUACCACCCAGCUCGAUGAUGGUAUUCGACAACUGCAAGCGCAGAUACACUUCGUGAAUAACAUUCCACACUUCUGCCACACCUCAUGUGACCUCCUGGACGCCGGUCCCAUCACGACCUGGCUCACCACCGUCUAUAACUGGGUUUCCACACACCCCUACGAUGUCAUCAGUAUCAUCCUCGAAAACGGCGACUACAAACCCGUCACCUCCUACGUGCCCUUCAUCGAAGCCACUGGAUUGGUCAACUACGCCUACAUCCCGCCCAAAAUCCCUAUGUCGAUAGACGACUGGCCGACCCUCGAAGUCAUGCUCCUAACCGGCAAACGCAUCGUCUUCUUCAUGGAUUACAACGCUAACCAAACCGCCGUCCCCUGGAUCCUGGACCAGUUUUCCCAGUUGUGGGAAACGCCUUUCGAUCAAACGAACCGCAGCUUUCCAUGCAAUGUCCAACGGCCCCCGAACCUCUCGCCUUCCGCCGCGAAGAAGUCCAUGUAUAUGACGAACCAUAAUCUAAACUACGAGAUCAGUCUCCUCGGUAACGAUAUCCUCGUCCCGUAUCUCCCGCUCCUCGAUGCCACGAACAACGUCUCAGGUUUUGGGUCCUUGGGUCAAGGGGUCCAAGAUUGCGUGCAGAUGUGGAACUACCCGCCGAAAUUCCUGGAUGUAGAUUUUUAUAAUGCAGGAGGUGGGUCGGUGUUUGAGGUCGCGGCGAAGUGGAAUGGUGUGGUGUAUAAUCGGCCGUGUUGUGGUGCAACAAGUAAGGGAGCUGGAAGGAGGAGGAUGGUGGGAGAAGGAAUGCUUCUCCUCGUGGCGUGUGGCUUCGCUACUCUUCUAUUAAUGUAGAUAUAGAAGUCUAGACUCGUGAAUCAUAAUGAGCCUCCUCAGCUCCCCUUGAUAAAUACCGAGAUAACAAGAUCCUACUAUCCUUUUCUUCUCUCC